AUGUGCUCAUGCGUGCGUUUAACUAAGAUAAAAGAGACGAGAUACGGCGACGCGAUCAAGACCCUAAAUGACGCCAUCAACUACAAUCCGAACAGGGCGGGCCUUUCGCUGCUCGGCUACUGCUACUACAGGAUCCAGUCGUUCGUCGAAGCUGCCAACUGCUACGAACAGCUCGCGGCAAUGCAUCCAGACGUUCCUGAGUAUAAGUUCUACUUCGCACAGGCUUUAUACGAGGCGUCCAUGUACGAUGAAGCAUAUAAGGUGACAGUGCAGAUCACGGCGCCCGAGCUCGAAGCCAAGGUUACGAAAUUACAAUCAGCAAUCAAGUACGGAGCGGAGGAUGCGGCGGCGGCCCGGAGUCUCGUGGAUUCAUAUCAGCAAGACAAUCCUGACAAGGACAUCAACUUGGGUUGCCUUUUGUACAAAGAAGGCCAGUAUGAGGAAGCGCUGCGCAAGUUCACUAGGAGCCUAAAUAUCCUUGGUUUCAACGCGCACUUGCAUUACAACGUGGCAUUGUGCUACUAUAGACUGAAGGAGUACCCGCAAGCGUUGAAGCAUAUAACAUUGGUGAUAGAGAGAGGUAUCAGGGACCAUCCCGAACUGGCUGUUGGCAUGCAAGCCGAGACAUCGGAGGUUAAGUCCGUGGGAAAUACGCUCACCCUCCACGAAACCGCACUGACUGAAGUUUUCAAUCUAAAGGCGGCUAUCGAGUACCAGUUGAAGAAUGUAGAGGCUGCAAGAGAAGCCCUCGCCGAUAUGCCGCCGCGUCACGAGCACGAACUAGACGCGGUUACAUUGCACAAUCUGGCACUUACCUCGAUAGACCUUAGGCCCACCGACGGCUUUGAAAAGCUGCAUUUCCUCCUCCAACAGGAUCCGUUCCCGGCGGAAACGUUCGCCAAUCUCCUGCUUCUUUACUGCAAAUUCGAGUACUACGAUCUGGCGGCCGACGUUCUGGCGGAAAACGCCCAGUUCACCUACAAGUACCUGACGCCAUAUCUUUACGAUUUUUUGGACGCCGUAAUUACAAGUCAAACGUCACCAGAGGAAGCCUUCCAGAAGUAUGAGGACAUCGCGUCGAAGCACGCCGAGCAGCUGAGGAAACUAACCAAAGUAGUACAAGAGAGCCGUUCCCAAGGUGACAACGAUCAAGUCAAGAAGGCAGUUGUCGAGUACGAGGAAGCUCUGGAGCGGUACAUACCAGUGGUGAUGGCGCAAGCGAAAAUAUAUUGGGACAUGGAUAAUUACGGACAGGUCGAGAAGAUCUUCCGGAAAUCCGUGGAGUUCUGCAACGAGUCGGACGUGUGGCGGCUGAACGUCGCUCAUGUGCUUUUUAUGCAGGAGAAUAAGUACAAAGAGGCGGCGAGCUUCUACGAGCCGAUAGUCAAAAAGCACUACGACGACAUACUAAGCGUGAGUGCGGUGGUACUGGCCAAUCUCUGCGUGUCUUACAUUAUGACAUCGCAGAACGAGGAGGCCGAGGAUAUCAUGAGGAAGAUAGAGAAGGAGGAGGAGCAUCAGAUAUUCGAGGACCCGCAGAAGAAGUUCUACCACUUGUGCAUCGUUAACCUCGUCAUCGGAACAUUAUACUGCGCAAAAGGGAACUACGAGUUCGGCAUUUCGCGCGUGAUAAAGUCCCUCGAGCCGUUCAACAAACGCCUGGGCACGGAUACUUGGUUCUACACGAAACGGUGUUUCCUCUCUUUCCUAGAGAACCUGGCGAAACAUCUUAUAGUGGUCAAGGAUAGCACUAUAAGGGACUGCGUUCAGUUCCUCGAAGGCUGCGAGACCUACGGCCGUCGCGUAAGUACUGUGAUCGGGAACCCCUUCCAAGAGGAGGAGGCGAAUAUGAAAGCAAAGCAGACGGUGACGUACGAGGCGCGGCUGCUCCGCUAUAUGUUCUUCAAGCUGCGGAACAUCGACGACUCGGUCACCAUUAAUAAAUACGAGGACCUGAAA